GUCGGUGUCCACUCAACCCUUAUCUGCUUGCCUCGCCUCUGCUCUCACACUCCUACUCUAAAACCAUUUGUUUGAUUUCUCUGAAAUAGUUUGCUUUUAAGACCUACAGGACUGUGCUCAUAUCUGACUAUCUUUUUUUAUUACAUUACAUAGAAAUUAAAAGCAAAUGUUGUUAGCAUGCAAUCGUUGUUGGUCACUACGAAAAAACUGUUGUGGAAUAAUCAUUAACAACAUUAAUGAUGUCCCAAGACACGACAACUACUCUUUGUUUUUGGGUCGCCGGAAGCUCUUGUCCUCCUCCAUCUCUUUAUCCUCUGAUGACGACGUUGUUUCUUCCUACCCCAUCUCCAUUUCCAGGAGGAGUGUAACCUCUGGAACCAAAAAUUUGCUUCAAGUAAUAUGCAAAUGUAGUCCUACUGCAACAAGGAGGAUGUUGCUAGCUAGUUUUUUCUUGUUUCUGGGUUAUCAUCCUCCUUCAAGGUACUUAUCAGCCCAAGCAUUAGGAGAUCCAUCUGUGACAAUUGAACAAGUAACUCCUCCUGUUUUAACUUCGGGUGCACUCUUCCCUGUCGAGGAAAGAAUUGUCCAACUGUUUGAAAAGAACACUUACUCUGUUGUCAACAUUUUUGACGUAACAUUGCGCCCACAACUAAAUGUAACUGGGAUGGUUGAGAUACCUGAAGGGAAUGGUUCUGGGGUGGUCUGGGAUGAACAGGGACACAUUGUGACGAAUUAUCAUGUGAUAGGAAAUGCCCUUUCAAGAAAUCCAAGCCCUGGGCAAGUUGUUGCACGAGUUAAUAUUCUUGCAUCAGAAGGGUUACAAAAGAACUUUGAGGGUAAGUUGGUUGGUGCUGACCGGGCAAAGGACCUUGCUGUCUUGAAGGUAGAAGCAUCUGAAGAUCUGUUAAAGCCAAUUAAGGUGGGGCAAUCUUCCUCUCUGAGAGUUGGCCAGCAGUGUCUAGCAAUUGGAAAUCCAUUUGGCUUUGAUCACACUCUCACUGUUGGGGUUAUUAGUGGACUGAAUCGAGACAUUUCCAGUCAAACUGGAGUUACAAUUGGUGGUGGAAUUCAAACAGAUGCAGCCAUCAAUCCUGGGAAUAGCGGAGGUCCACUGUUGGAUUCUAAAGGAAAUCUAAUUGGCAUUAAUACAGCAAUAUUUACUCGGACAGGGACCUCAGCUGGUGUAGGGUUUGCCAUCCCAUCUUCAACAGUGCUCAAGAUUGCACUGCAGUUAAUCCAAUUUAGUAAAGUUGUUCGAGCUGGUUUGAAUGUUGAUAUUGCUCCUGAUCUAAUAGCAAAUCAACUUAAUGUUCGAAAUGGAGCUCUUAUCUUGCAGGUUCCUGGAAAUAGUCUUGCAGCUAAGGCUGGAUUGGUACCUACCACAAGAGGUUUUGCUGGAAACAUUGUACUUGGGGACGUUAUUGUUGGUGUGGACAACAAAACUGUUAAAAACAAAGCAGGAUUAGACAAAGUGCUGGAUGAUUAUAAUGUGGGAGAUAGAGUACUGUUGAUAAUUCAAAGGGGCAGUGAGGAUCUUGAGGUGCCUAUAAUUCUAGAGGAGAAGAGUUAAAGACAGGAACAUACAUGUAUCAAUGAGAUAUGUUUAUUGUUACACAUUUCCAAAUUGUUAGAAAGGGAAAACAAUUUGCAUGAGUGCGAAAUCGAUGACAGAAAUUGGGGAGGGGUGGGGAUUUCGGAAUUAGGGAAAGGCCAUUUUUUGUUUAUAGCCCAAGACCCUCUUUGAUGGAGGUCUUUUUGUGUUUGUCAUGACUUUGCAACUUAAUAUAGGUCUUUUUGUGUUUGUCAUGACUUUGCAACUUUGCAACUUAAUAUAGUUUUAAGUUAAUUGGUUUGAA